AUGCUUUGUGUUGGAUCUUAUGUCGCAAUCAAAACGCUGAACGUGCAUCUACACAUGGGUGGCCCAUUCAAAUCGUGGAAGAAGCGCUACUUUGUGCUCAACGACCGCGUUCUGCGCUACAGCGCCAACCCCUCAGAUGUCAGGCCCAAGGGCAUCAUCGUUGUGGCAAACAUCAUCAAGGUGGAACCAAUGACGCAGCCGAGCGCCUCCUUUGGCCUCAACAUUGUUACGCGUCAGAAGACGUACCCACUGCGCUUCCCCGACCUGGGCACCCGCGACCUUUGGCUCGCCACGCUGCAGAGCCAUCUGCCCCGAGACGGCGUGUCGGCGCAAGUUCAGCAGCUGCAGGCCGCAUCUGAGCAGCAGCGCCAGGCCCAGCAGCAGCGCCAGGCCCAGCAGCAGUAUGCGCAGCCCCCACCCGCCCAGGCAGCGGCUGCCGCCGGCGGCGGCGGCAAGAAGAACCCGCUGCAGGCGCUGGCUGGCCUGCCACAGCAACUGCAGCAACUCAUGCAGCAGCAGCAGCAGCACGUGCAGCAGCAGGCACAGGCACAGGGCGGGCAGCUCCCCGCGCAGGUGAUGCAGGCACUGCAAGGGCUGCAGGGCGUGGCCGCACAGAAGGGCCAACAGGCACAGGUGCAGCUGCCGCAACUGCUGCAGAUGCUCCAGGGACAAGCAGGCGCGCAGCAGCUCAUGCAACAGCAGCAGCGGCAGCCACCAAAGCAGGCCCAGCCACUGCGCCGGCCACCAACCGAGGAACAGGACAAGAGCAUGCUUCUCGUCAAGUCAAAGAACUUUGGCCCGUACAUCCCGUGGACGACGUGCGGUAUCGAGGAUGAGGUCAUGGCCACGCUCGACAGCGUCUUUGACGCCAACAACGUCACCAUCGUCACCGGCCCUCCUGGGUCUGGCAAGAGCACGGUUGUGCGCGAAUCCUUCGAGGCGCUGCGCCAGUGCCACGCGCCCCAGGCCAUGGCCCCGCUGCAGAACUUCCGCACAAUUGCGCUGAUGGUGUGCGACGAGUGCAACCAUGUGCGUCUGCUGCCCGAGGAAUGCAAGGAGGAGGCCCUCAUCACCGUCUCCCUCCACAACGGCCGCAAGGGGCGCACCAAGUCUGGCUCGUGCACCGUCACCACGGGCAAAGAGCCGUGCUCCGAGUGCGACGGCCACUACAAGCUCGAGUGGAUCACCCUCGCCCAGGACGAAUGCGACCUCCUCGGCUCUGUGCACGCCAAGUCCCCGGACGUCAACGAGGCCGUUCUCCUCCGCUGCUCCAACUGCUCAAUCGCAGGUGUGCCCAUGACGCCCGAGGGCCUGUGCACGCACUCUGCAGUCGACGGCUCCAUCAUCGCCAUCACGGGCCAGUCCAUGCCUUCAGCGCAAGACCCCUCGUGGCGCUUCUCGCUGCCGCAUUUUGGGGACCAGCUGUGCCAGUCUGCCUCUAUGGACAUUGUGCCCAUCAAGCUCGACCCGGCCGUCUCUGCCGCCGUUGGCGAGCGCAAGGGCACCGCCAUCAGCCCGUGCCGGUACCGCCCAGACCAGGGAUACUACCUGGAGAUUGUGGACCUUGGACUCGCCAGCGACAAGGGCGCUGUGAACCUUCCUGCCAUCGCCAUGACCCUCGCCAACAAGGCUCACAAGAUUCUGUUUUCGGAGGACAUGAAGGCGACUCAGGUCCUUGAGCUCGACGACAAGGGUCUCGUGGAGAAAUGGAACCACUUUGCUUCUCAAGUUGCCGUCCGCGCCAAUCACAACGUGGCGUACUUCAUGGCGCGCUUCGAGUGCGGCGGCGUGUCACCGGAGGAGCUUGUGUCGACCAUCGCCAGCGGCACCACCACCCGCAUUGCCAAGUUUGUCAUCAGCCUCAAUGAGGAUCAGGUGGACGCGUAUGCCAACGCCUGCCGCAGCAAGGGCCUCAAGGUUGGCGUUGUGCACACCAAGCCCAAGACAGAGGCCGUGAUGGCAGACAUGAUGGAGAUGUACCUUGACGGCAUUCUCCCCUUUGCGCGGCCGGAGAGCGAGGGCGAUAGCGAGCAGGACCGCGGCGGUGCUGUCGCCUCCGCUGGCGCCGUUCUCACACACCGGCAGCUUGCCGAGGGCGUUGCCAGCAAGCUCAGCGGCAAGUCUGUGCUCGUGCACGUGCUUGCAGCCAACUGCCUGCGCCUGAUGCAAGAGUUCUUCCCCGAACGCGUGGAGGAGACGCUUGCAUCGCCGCCAUCUACUGUCGAUGCGGGCGUCAGCCUCUUCUUCGACACCGCCGCAGACGCAUACACACAAGAGCUUGUGCUGGAUACGGUGUUCACGCUGUGCGCGUCGUCCACAACGGCGCUCGAUUUCAUUGUCGAGUACUGUGAGGACAACAAAGUCGACGUCAACAGGAAGGAGGUGCGACGGCUGUUGCGGUCGUUUGCUGGCGUGGGGACGCAGCCGCAGGUGUCUGCAUCUGGUGUGUACUUCCCGCCCAGCACACAGGUCGUCGAGGCCGGCCUCAAGUGGGUUGCAGCCCGCACGACGGUGAACGAGCACAAGCAGCGGUACCUGCGCCUGUCAAAGGCAGCCCUCCACUCCGUUGGUGUCACGCGCAUCGUCGGGUUGGCCAGCACCAUCUUCCUCAGCCUGUUCCGCGUUGGCGCGUUUGAUCGAGCCCUCACCCUGUUCCGCGACUGGAAGCUGAUCCACCAGUGUCUCGUCUUUGCCGAGUUUGAGGCCGUUCGCAUGGCCAAGGAGCGCCUUGUCAAGCACUACAGCCGCAAGGAAACAUACAGCAAGGAGGCGCUGGAUGACCUGCAGGAGCGGUGGGCGUUCAUCUGCAAGAACGCCAUCCCGCUGAGUGACAAGAGCACGUGGAGUGUUGUGCAGACGCAAUACCGCACACUCAAGCAGGGUGACACCAUGAAGUCCAUCAUGUGUGGCCAGUUUGAUCCUGAGAUCCGCCCGCCAAGCAAGACUCACGCCUGCAACAACCACGGCUCCACGAAACAAACGUAUCUCCUCGCCCACCAACAGCUUGUGCGCAUCUUCACGUCGUCGACAUUUGACGACUUGAAGGUGGAGCGAAACGCGCUCAUGGCCCGCUCAUAUCCGAUCAUCCGUUCGGAGCUCGCAGAGAUUGGCCUCGAGUUCCAGGUCGUUGACAUGCGUUGGGGCAUUCGCGACGAAAGCACGGCCGAUCACAAGACCACCGAAAUCUGUAUGGAGGAGAUUCGGCAGUCGCAGGAGCAGUCCCUUGGCCCCAACUUUGUGACGCUGUUGUCCCAGCGCUAUGGAUACCGCCCCUUCCCCGUGUACAUUGUGCAGUCGGAGCUGGAUGCGCUCAUUGCGCAAUGCAGCCCCGAGGACCAGGAGCUCCUGCGCAAGUGGUUCGACCUCGACACGAACAAGGUCUUGCACUCACCACCGCCACCUCUCUACCAACACCGUGGCCUGUUUCCUUCAACCCACCAGCAACGUGCGCAGUGGUGGAAUGAGUUUGAGCGCAUGUCUGCGGCCCUGCGCCACGCUGCGGACAAGGUCUUUGCCAACGACCCGGAGACCCGCCACAAGUACUACUUCUCCAUCACAGAGCGUGAUGAGGAGGCGCGCGAGCUGCUUGCUGAUCUGCGGGCGGGACGGCUGCCACGUGCACUGCCGGACCACGCUGUGCUCGAGUACAAUGUCAAGUACGCGCAGGGCAAAGGCAUCGACGAGGACGCACCCGAGCACAAGCAGUACAUCGACACGCUCGUCAAGGAGUUCACGACAAAGUUGAUCAGCAUGGUUGAGCAGAACCAGCAGCUCGCCAACACGAAGCUGGCCGCCGACCCAAACAUCGCCGAGGUUGUGAUCCACAACGAGCGGCGUGAGGAACUGUCGUCGUGCUUCUUCGGCCGCCGCGCACUCGUUGAACGCGUCCUCGAGCGACUCAACCCGAAGCACCCGGCAACCGCCCCGCUCAUUCUGGCUGGCGUUGAAGGGAGUGGAAAGUCGGCUCUGCUGGCAAAGGUGGCGACGGAGCUGACGGAUGGUCGCGCAGCCGUCAUCACGCGCUUCCUCGGCCACUCAACGCAGGGCACCAACCUCCCCGACGUAAUGCGCUCUGUUGUGUUCCAGAUUCUCUCCGCGUACAAGCAGGACAUUGCGUUUCCGGAGUCGAUUGAGGAGCUGAAGAAGCGCUUCAAGGAGGUCCUCACGCUCGCGUCGCCGUCGCAGCCGCUCACCAUCCUCUUUGAUGGCAUCGACAAGCUCAACACGGCGUCGGGCCAGUUUGAGCUCGGCCUCUGGUUCCCCAAGCAGCUGCCGCCACACGUCAAGGUGCUGCUGACCGUGAGCAGCCACGCCCCAGGUGCGUGGCUCGAAUGCCACUCACUCGUCGACAAGAACGCCGCAGAGCACUUUGUGGAGGUGCCUCCGCUUGAGAGCGACGACGUUGCGGCAAUGGUCGACGGGACACUCAAGCGCGAGAACCGCACACUCACAGACGCGCAGCGCCAACUGCUUGAGAAUGCCUGCAAGCAAAACCUGAAUGCACUGUAUGUGCGCAUGGCCAUUCAAGUGUCGCGUGACUGGAAGUCCAGCACAGGUUCACCAUCGCUGCCGCCCACAGCUGCUGGCAUCCUGAACGAGCUGCUUGACAACAUGGAGGUGACGCACGGCCGCUUCCUGGUGAAGCACGCCCUCAGCUACAUCACCCUCAGCUUCGAGGGCCUCACCUCGCCCGAGCUCGAAGACGUCCUGUCUUUGGAUGACGACGUGCUCAACGACGUCUUCCAGUACUGGGAGCCGCCACUGCGCCGGAUCCCACCGCUGCUGAUUGUUCGCCUCUUGCGCGACCUCUCGACGUACAUGACCACCGCCGCAAGCUCCACGGGACACCCCUGCCACCGCUGGGCCUUUGGGUCGUUUGCGAAUGUUGUGCUUGACCGCUAUUUCGGCGUGAACCUCCACUCGGAGCUGCUCACCCUCACCCUCCAGGACAGCGACAAAUGGCACCAGGAGCGCAACCUGGUUGGAAAGCGGGCGGACUGGCAGGCGCUGCUGUUUGAGACGACAGCAACAAAGCAGGAAGCCCAGUUCCACCAGCGCCUCGCAAACUACUUUGUGGGCCGCUGGCACAACACGGAGAAGCCGUACGUGUCCAAAUCGGGCAAGAAGUUGGCCGCCGACCGCCUCGUGCCCGAAAUGCCAAUCGUCUUCCGCAAAGAGGUCAACGAGUACGGCCUGUUUGAAAACCCCAACUCGCGCCGCUGCCUCGAGCUGCCGUUCCACCACUACCGCACGCGCGACAUUGACGGCCUUUUGGACGUCUGGGCUGCCCCCGAGAGCCUUGUAUUCUUCGCCCCGUCGAUCAACAGGGGCACGAACUUGCACCUGCUGCCGCUCACCAACACCUACGCCACUGCCAUUGGCAUCAAGCGCCUCUCAAAGAAGGCCCAAGACGAAAUGGAUGCAGUGAUGAAGGAGAUUGAGGAUGAGAGCGACAUGAUUGACGUCCGCCACGCGUACACGUGUCUCACGGCCAUGGAUUCCAUGCUCAAUUUCCUCGGCGCCCCAAUUGGGCGCAAGUGGUCCGCGCCGUACUACGAGCGCCUGUCGCAGCUGCUGAGUCGCGUCAACUCGCUCACGGAGACGGGUCUCCUCUUCUUCGCAAAGCUCGAGGAAGCCGAGGAGCUGCUGCAGAAGGGCAAGACGCAGGAAGGCCUUGCUCUCGCCAACUCUGUCUUGCAGCAGCUGGAGGCCUCAAACGACUCCAUACGCCGUGUGCAGACGAUGGUGUACAUCGCCAAGCUCUUCCUCUCCGCGGGCGCCGCCAUGCCUGCGAUGUCAGUGCUGCAGCGGGCGCACGACGUGGCGUUCUCUGCCGGCGACAGCGCAGACGCCGCCAAGUGGCAGGUCGAGGUGCUCAAGAACAUUGCAAACUUCCACCGCACCGUCGGAAACAUCCCCAUGGCCAUGCAAUUCGCCUCGCAAAUGCUGGACCUGUGCAAGUCGCGCCUUGGCGAGUCUGACCUUCAGACUGCCAUUGCCUACCACAACCUCGGCUCCAUUUGCUUCGAAGCCGGCGACCUUGGCAACGCUGAACAGUACCUGACGCAAGCGCAGGCGCUGAAGAAAUCGGCCCUUGGACCAACGCACUACGACAACGCCACCACGCUGUCUGCGCUGGCGGCCGUGUACAUGACGCAAUCGCAGAUGGACCCGCGCACCAACCGCGAUGACAAGAUCCAAGCGCUGCUGGACGAAGCAAUGAAGGUGACGGCGAACGACGAGAUUGUGUCGAGCGACGCCAUGGAGACGCGCCAGUCUGUCCUCAACCAAGUUGCCCACUUCCAUGCGUCCAAGGGGAAUGUCGACGAAGCUGUCAAGUACAUGGAUCAGGCGAUUGAUUCCUGCACGGAAUCUGCUGCCGAUCAGCAGCGCAAGGGCAGCCUCAUCGUCAACAAGGGUGUGUUCUACAUGAACCAGAAUCGCUUCCUGGAGGCGCUGCCCAUUGAGCUCGAAGCCCACAAGAUGCUUGAAGGUCUUCUCGGAAAGGACCAUCCAGAAGUUGGCAAGGCCGCUGAAUGCGUCGCCAUCUGCCUGCAGCAGUGCGGCAAGCUGCAGGAGUCGACGCCAUAUGUGCAGCAAGUCAAGCGCAUCUCCCAGGGCGCAGGCACCAUGUUCCGCUAG